AGGACCUUUCGCAGCUUUCGCCGCCUUGAACAGAUACCUAGCGGCCUACAUCUAUCACAAACCCGUCCAUAACCCAUCAAAACAGACAUGGGGCCCGGCAGCAAUGUUGAGGGUCCUUUCGUGACCGCCAUGCCAGAGGGUACGGUAGAUCCGAAGAAAUGGUGGAGGUCUAAGAAUCUUCGCACUCUGAAUUUGCUUCUAGCAUUUCCAAUGCUGUCCAUUUUCACCCAAGGUUUUGACGGCUCGAUGAUGAACGGCCUUCAGUCAGUCGAGAACUGGCGGAACUACUUUGGAGAACCCAAAGGAUCGACUCUGGGUCUCUUCAACGCUGCCUAUCCUAUCGGAGGUCUCUGCGCCAUCCCGUUUCUCUCAAUUGUCAGCGAUACUUUUGGUCGUAAGAUUGGUCUGGCAUGCGGCGCAACACUAUGCAUCAUUGGCUCUGUGGUCCAAGCCUCAGCCCAAAACCUCGUCAUGUUCGUCAUCGCUCGCGGCAUCCUCGGUUGUGGCACUGUUUUUCUUGGAGCUUCAGGUGCCCCAUUGAUCACAGAGAUUGCACACCCCGCCCACAGAGCUACCGCAACCGCUUUGUUCAACACCUCAUAUUCUCUUGGUGCCAUCGUAGCGGCAUGGACAACCUUUGCGAGCUUCCGUAUUGACUCGACAUGGUCGUGGCGUAUCCCAUCAGCAAUCCAGGGGCUGCCAUCCAUCAUCCAGCUCUUGGGUCUAUAUUUUGUUCCAGAGAGUCCGCGUUGGCUCGCCUCCAAGGAUCGCAACGAAGAGUCGCUAGCCUUCUUAUCCAAGUACCACGCCGAAGGCAACGAGCAUGAUCCUCUUGUCCAGUUCGAGUACGAAGAGAUCCAGAGCACUCUGGCAUACGAACGGACGACCGAUCGAGGCAGCUGGAUUCAGAAUUACCUUGAGCUGAUCAGGACCCCCGGAAACCGCAAGCGUCUGUUCAUUAUCCUCUGGACGUCUUGCAUAGCUCAGAUGAGUGGCAAUGCCUUUGUCUCGUACUACUUGAGCAGUAUUCUAUCUUCAGUCGGACUGAAGUCUUCCAUGGAACAGACCCUCAUCAACGCCACCCAGCAGAUCCUUUCUUGGCUUUCGGCUCUUUACUUCGCAACGUUGCCGGGCAAGCUCGGUCGCAAAACACUGUUUCUCAGCUCCUUAUCCGCUAUUUUCAUCUGCUUGAUUUGUAUUACAGCUGGUAGUGCAGUGUUUGCAAAUGACGAGUCGAACAAGGCUGCCGGUGGAUCAGUUGUGGCGUUCCUCUACUUAUUUUCUCCUGCUUACAACUUGGGUCUCAACGGCAACUUGGGGUUGUACAUCACCGAGAUUCUUCCUUACAGCCUCCGCAUGCGUGGUACAGCCUGUUUCCAGCUGUUCUCCACAUGCUUCUCCCUUAUUUCAACCUAUGUUGUUCCCAUUGGGCUUGACAAAAUGGCAUGGAAGUUUUACACCAUCUUCAUUCCUUGGGUUCUUGUUGAGAUCGUUGUCUUGUGGUUUGUUUACCCCGAGACCAAAGGCCCUUCCUUGGAAGAAAUUGCUCUCAUCUUUGAUGGACCUGCUAUGGAUGCUACAACUACCAUUGGAAAGGACGGUGUUAAACAUGUCGAGAUUGGCUUUGCGGACGGAACGGAGAAAGUCUAAGUGGUCUCGCCGAACUAGGUCGGUUUGUAGAAUGUUGUAGUUCGUGUGAUCAUCAAAUGGGAGGCAGAUCAAGAGGUUUGGUCCUAUACAUAGUCUACCUUUAAUAGAGAAACAUCUCGACAAAACAAAAAAAACGAAUGAUUU